CAGUGAAAAGUUGCUGUGUUUUCGAAAAUAGAAAUUAAAACCCCCUCAGCACCUACCAGGCAUUCUGGGUGUCACUGUUUCUGGUUACCUCAAUAGGUACCUAAGAAUCCAGGUAAUCUUUUAGAGGGUCUCAUGACAUCAGAGAAGUCAUUUGAAACCUCGUCAGUAAUUUUCUUUCUGAAAAUCCACAUGUAAUAAAAACCAUCUCCAAUGAAGAGCUUAGAGGAAUACUACAUUAGGCAUAUUCUUUCUCUAAUAGCUGCAUUUCAACAUCCUCAGCCCUACCAGAAGAGAAGCAGCUGAAUGACUUCUUCACCAGCUCCUCUCCAUCUCACACCCAACAGACAGCAUGAGAGCAGAGCACCAGAGCCACUCCUGACAACAGAGCUCACGACUAGAAAUGCUGUUCACUGCAUCAGUGCUAGUAAUCACUAGAUGAUAAUAGGGCUGAUGAGAUUUUUUCUGGUAAAGAACUGCUAAUAAGUUCUUUACCGGAAAAAAUGUCAAACUCCAUUUUACAGAGUCUACAUUGCAUUUACAAGUGCAGAGGAUACAGAGGCUGUAGCACCUGGAGAUCUGAAAGCCAUGUCACACAUAGGAGAAAAGCCAAGAAACCUCUCUCACUGCAAGGCUCUGUACUAAAUCUGAUAUUGCAGCAAGAUACGCAAAUCUAAACAGCUAUUUGUACAACCCAGUUUUCAAAUCAAUAUUUUUUCUACUGCUAAAAAAAAACCUAUGUUUUUUUCCUCACUAUUUUUUUUGGAUUUCAAGUAGCAGCAAAGUUGUUUGCUCUAGAAGAGCUUAGCCUAAAUAAGCUCAGAGAGAAGAUUACGUGAUCAUGCCCUGGUCAGAGCAAAGACAAAAAGUCUCAGCAAUACCAGUUCAGAGAAUACUUCACUCAUCAUUGCUUUGGGCAAAUCUGUUUCCGUUCAACAAGAAAUUUGCUCCCAGGCCAGAAAUUAGGACAGAUAAGUUCUAGUUCCAGAUGCUUGUUUGCUUCUAGAAAAGAAGAAAGGAAGUAAAACAAAUGAAAACAAAACACCACCGUGUCAGCCCAAGGGUUGACGUAGUGACUGAACACCUAACAAAGGGUUGUCGCUGGCCCAGGGAGCACAAAUUGCACCUGUGCUCCCCACGUGACCAGAAGGGGUGGACCCAGAGAAGUGUAUAUAAGGGCCAGCUAGAGAAAGGAGAACAUCUUUUGGACUUAGACUGCUGUUUGAGAAGGAGUGCUGCAUAGCCAGAGAGCCCCUUCACUAGCUGGGCACAAAAUGGCUCAUGAGGACCAUCAGCUGCAGCGGCUGGUCUGGGUUGAUGCAGCAACACAGUAUCCUGAAAUAGUUUUGUGUGUUGGAAAAAUAACUUUUGGUGAGAAAGCAAGAAAAAAGAUGCCAAAAAAUUCAAAACAAGAUCAAAAACACAUCCUUGCCUCUGCAGUGUGUGCCUUGCUAAACUCUGGAGGAGGUGUGGUAAAAGCAGAGAUAGAAAAUGAAAACUACGACUUUCAGAGAGAUGAGAUCGGACUGGAUUUACAAGAUAUUUUUCGUUCUCUUCUUUUAUUUCCGGAUUUGACAAAAUACCUGGACUUUGAACAGCAGGAUAACUACCUUUUGAUUUUUAUUAAGACAUGGAACAGCGAAAAGAUAUCCUCAACCUCUAGUUCUGCAAAGCCACGUAUCUGUAGCCUCAGUAGUGGGUUGUAUACAAGAAGUGGUGCUUCUCUUUCCCACAUGACCCCUACUGAAGCUUUGUUUUUCCUUGAAGAAAAGCAAAAUAAAGCUAGGGCAGAACAUAGCACAAGAGCACCUGCUAAAAAAAAGACGACAAUGGCUGCUGAAGAAGAUAUGCAUAUUAUAAAUAACACUGCUGCUGAAUUGUUUAAUAGGGAUCAGCUGCAGUGUGGAGAGACAUUGAAUUUCACAGAGUCAGGGAACAUAGAAUUUAAGCACUUUUCCACUGAAAAAUUUUUCACUCGUGUUAAAGAGAUAUUACCUCACUACAUCUCUGGAUUUGCAAAUGCAUGUGGCGGGUAUUUGUGGAUUGGUGUGGAUGAUAACAGGGUGGUACAGGGGUUCAAAAGUGAUGAUGAGGGCCUUGAAAAUCUAAGAAACCUAAUUGAUUCUGUUUAUCAGGAAAAAUUAACCAUCUUCCAUUUCUGCAAAAGUGGAUAUGAACACCAGAUAACGCAUGAAUACAAAAUCUUCAAAGUGUAUAAUGAGGCUGUAGAGCACUAUGGCUAUGUCUGUGCUGUGAAGGUUGAACCAUUUACUUGUGUAGUGUUUUCAGAAGAUCCGCAGUCAUGGCUGUUCGACGGAGGCACUAUCAGGAGACUGAAAGCAAAUGAAUGGGCUUCGUGGAUGAUCUCUGCUGAUCCAGAUCUAUCAGAAUUUUCUGAGACCUUUAAGCUAGAGCUUAGUGUGACAGAGGGGCCACCCUGUGCCAAGUCAGUUUACUCACACCAGGGCCUUGACAACCUGGAUGAUCUUUGUGAGCAACUGUUUCCAAUGAAAUCCCACAGCCUAAUAUAUACUCCAGAAAAACUCAUUAAAGAUCUCUUCCAAGAGCACCAAGGCCUGAAGAGUUUAAUGGAUGAACAGCUGAAGGAUGUUUUUGAAGGAGUUGUGAUAUUUUCUAGAAGCUGGGCUGUUGAGGUUGGCUUGUCAGAAAACCAAGGCAUAAUCUGUGAUGUUCUCCUAGCAGCCAAGGGUAGGCCACCUAUCCUCUAUACAGUAUGUAAACAUCCCUCUGAGGCUUUAUUUCACUACUCAAGACGCACAGCCUGGAUGCUGAAGAAGAAAUUAGUCAAUACCGGAGGUUAUACUCACAAACUGUGUGUAAUACCAAAGCUACUGACUUUGCCUCGCAGCUUUAGCUAUGGAGAAGAAUGGGAUGUGAAUGUUCAAAAACUGUAUCCUCAAAACUACGGCUUAAUCAACAGCAUCAACUUGAAAAACCUCUUGCAUUCUCUCAUCAUAGUUUUACUGAAUUUCAGAUCUUUCUUGAGUGACUCUGUUGGCUUUGAGGUUUUGAACCUCUUGACCAUUGAACAAUACCAGCUGCUGUCAGAAAAUCUCCACAAAACUAAGAGGCUGUAUGUUUAUGGUCUACCGGGAACAGGAAAAACUGUUGUGGCCCUCAAAGUCAUAGAGAAAAUAAGGAAUAUGUUUAAAUGCAAACAACAGGAGGUUCUUUACAUAUGUGAGAACAAACCUCUGAAAGACUUUGUGAGAAAGAAGAACAUCUGCCAAGCUGUGACAAGAGUAGCCUUUUUGAAGAACAGCUAUAGUUACGUGAAGCACAUAAUAAUUGAUGAAGCACAGAAUUUCCGAGAUGAGAAUGGUGAUUGGUAUCAAAAGGCAUUGGCUUUGACUUCAUCACCAGAGCUCUCUGAGCCUGGCUUUCUGUGGAUUUUCUUGGACUACUUGCAGACAACUCACUGCUUCUCCACUGGUCUUCCAGAACCAAGACAGCAUGAUCCUGUGGAGAUGCUAACCAAGGUGGUUCGUAAUGCUAACAGUAUUUAUUGCUAUCUAAAGAAUACAAUGGAAGAGAUUGUAGAGAAUCCUACUGUAGGUAUUCCACAAGCACGUUUACGGAGGUUGUUACAUACAGCCACAUGUGCUCAUGGUGUCAAAGGCUACUUUAAAAUAGUAGAUAUGAAAGUCAGAAAUGAAAUAGCAGAGUAUGUGGCAAAGCAUUGUCAUAAUUAUCUUAAAAGUGGUUACUCUGAGAAAGAUAUAGCUAUUCUGUGCUACAACAGUGACGAAGUACAGGCAUACAGUGGAAUACUGAGUAAAGCAUUGAGUAAGUUAAAUAUAUUACCAAGACAAAUGGAUGAAGGGCUAGAGGAGUACACUAUUCUAGACAGCUUCCGUCGUUUCUCUGGCUUAGAAAGAAUGAUUGUGUUUGCUAUUAUUCCUUAUCCCCUUCCCACACAACAUGAAGUUUUAAAUAAUAUAUUAGUAUCUGUAGCAUCCAGAGCUAAUUUAAAUAUGCACUUGUUACGUGAGCACUGGGAUAUGGUAUAAGAGUGAGCUGUUUCCAAUAGUACUGCUCAGAAAAAAAACUACUGGACAGCUCAGGCAUCCAGAAUUGAAAGCCCUUUUUAAUUAAAAAAAAAAGAAAAAAAACAAACUCAGAUACCCAGGGAAGUAGAAAAUGAAGCCUUCUGUCCAUUCUGUCCUUCUGUUUUAACUAAUACACACAGAAAAAGCAUUAACAAGAUAACUUCCCACUCAACUUCAGCAAGUCACUAUGGGUUAGAACCACCUAGUUGUUGUACCAGCUUUGCAAUUCUGACCUUAGGUAUCGCUAGUACUUCUGUCUUGGUUUUAGACAUGCCAGUUAGGCAAAACUCUUAAUUGCAAAGUCCCUUCAGAGAACAGAUCCAAAAUUCCUAAAACUGGAUAUCUAAAAUUGAAGGCUGGUUGAAAACAAGCCGUGGACUUUCAUAUUGUUUUCCACUACAGAAUGGCCUGCGGCUCAGCUGGUCCCUUUAUGAUUACAAGACACCAAUGAUUAUGUUAGAUAUAGUUAAAAUAAGACACAGUACCCAUCUGGAAUUAGCCUUGAAGUAAACUUGCCUCAGACUGUCAAAUCUAUUAGCACAAACAUUCUUGCUUCUCUUACUUCUGGAAGCUGGAGGCACCUUCCUUUUUUCCGUAGUCAUUAACUAGGGAAGACUAUCUGCACGAUUCCCUUCUUGUCUUCCACAUGUCAGUCGCUUAAUCAUGCCAUGCUUAUCACAGGAAUGUCACUAACAUGUACUAUGAUCAGAAAUAUUUUAAUGUACUUUCAGAUCACUGCAGAGUAUCGUAUUUACUGUGCACUUAGAUUUCUGUUCUCCUGCUGCAGACUAAAGCAGGGAUGUCUUAUUUGUGAUAUGCAUAGCACGCAUAGAGAAUCUAUGCUUGAUUGCGGAUGUUUGUACAAUAAAAUUGUAACGUGA